GCUUUAAUGAUUUAGUAAUUUGAAGCACGGCUCGGUUCCAAAAUGGGAUGAAGCUUUCGAGCAGCGUGAGGCGCCGCAGGCGCUGCUCGGUCCCGCUGCUGAGGGCGGCGGCGCCGCGGCCCGGCCGCGCCCGUUCCCGCCGUUUCGCGGCCGCUGGAGGCGCUGAGGCGGCGGCGGAGCCCCCGGAGCAGCGUGAGGGCUGUACGGGGCCCCGGGGCUUUGGCAGCGGCGGGGCUCCCUUUGGGACCGUCAGGACUCCCUCUGCUGCGCCGGGUGGUGCGAGGAGCGCUGUCCCCGCCGCCUGUGCGUCCCCUCAGGCUGCAGCUGAGGGCCCAGGUCUCUCUUGUUGCUCAGGUGCGAGGAGCGCUGUCCCUGCCGCCUGUGCGUCCCCUCAGGCUGGAGCUGAGGGCUCUGGUCUCUCUUGUUGCUCUGAGGUGGCUCCCCACGGUGAGACGCCCCGUGCAAACAAAACCGCACAAUCACCGGUUUGUUGAAUCUCUUUUUGGGACAGGGUGGAACAAAAGGGGGUGAGUUUCUCUAAAAAUCACUGUUAAAAUACUCAGCUGUGGAUUGAAGACACUCAGGUCGGCUAAAACAGGUACCUACACGGGAUCGGCGGGGCCCGCUUGGGCUUAUGAGGUGGCAGGAUUGUUUUACACUUGGCUGAAGGGGACUGAGACGUUCUACUUUGUAAACUGAUUUUUAAUACAAAUAAAUGUGUCUGUAUGUCAGAUAAAAUAGAUGCUUGCAGUUCAAAGUUCAAGUGCCUUGGCAGCACAGGGACAGGCACAGCUAGACAUUAUGGCCCAGCACUCUCCUCCUUUAUGUCAUGUCCUCAACAGUCAGUAGUCGAAAAGCAGAUUAAGUCUUGACAAUUUUCUCUAAUUUGAGGAAAAUUCUAAUGCAAAGGCUUUUGAUUUUCCAGUCAGUAAUGACACAUGUAAAAUCUAAAAUUCUACAUACUACGUAGAGAAGCAUCAACCUCAGAAAAAGCUCACUAUUAAAAUAGUGAGCUUUCUUUAGCAUAGUGUGGCCAUAUUUGUAAGAUCCAUGGAAUUUGGAAUUAAAAAACAUUUUUGCAGCUAUUGACAAUAACUAAAAACAAAACAAACCCCCCAAUAAACACAGAAAUAGGAAAGUGAGGUGUGUGAGAGAGUUGAUAAUGCUGGGGGGACCUCACAGUUCUUGAAAUUUAAAAGAUCCUUAAUGGAGUUCUCAAUUUCCAUGUGUGAACUUAAUUUUUAGGCCUGUCCCUGCCUUGCCUUGUGGAAAACCUACUGAUAUUUCUAGCAUUGUUGGAUUGUGUCUAGAAUGAGAGCUUUACUAAAGUAAAUAAAUGAGUAAUUUUUUAAGAGGGUAGUCUAUGUGUAAAAUGUUUGCCAGCGUAGAAAUGGCACAUUACAGAAUGCAGAGGUAUAAUAGCUAUAAAGAAAGAUAAAUUAGAACCUGGGAGUUGCUCAGGACUUUAAAAAAUGGCAUAAGCAUAUGUAUGUUUGACUUUACAGUGUGGCAUGGCUUGUAGGAUCACAUUGUUCUCUAUGGUUUAUCAUUUCUCUAUUUUGGACAGUAGAAUAUUGGCAUAGCUUUUGGGGAAUGCAGUACUGGACAUGAUAAAAUGUGUAAUAAACCUUAUGGAAGCUAAGCUGGCAGACAUCUUAAGAAAAUGGUUUUUUUAUUUUUUUUUUCCAGCAGAAUCAAGUAUGUUCCUAAUAGCCCUGGCAUUUUUUAGCAUGUUUUUAAAAGCAUCACUGAUAGGUAAUGCUGAGGAAUACCUCAAAACUAAACCAGUUUGACUUCUUGCAUAUCAUUACAGGUGCAGACUGUUAAAGAGAUACCUAUAAUAGGUCCAGGUAAGCAUGAGAACAUAUUUAUUUUCAGUUUAUUGUGGAGGAAGUUAUGUCACAAAUGCAAUAUACUGUUUCAGUAGGAAAAGAUCUCACCAUGGCACCAUCGGGAAGAAAGCAUGGAGGAAAAGCUGGUAAACCAGCACAGGAAGAUCAGACCAUACCUACUUUUGACUUUGAGGAGGAAAGAAAAGAACUGAGUGGAUCAGAGGAAGAUAUUAGAGAAGGUGACAUACCAGUAAUGGACAAGCAUGGAAAGAAAAGACCUCUGGUGACUACUCAUGUGGUUCCAGAUGAUGUGGGGGGUGAAGUACAGAAUAUGUUGGAGAGAUUUGGAGCUGACAUUAACAAGGCUCUCUUAGCUAAGAGGAAACGAUUAGAAAUGUACACAAAAGCCUCACUCAAAACCAGUAACCAGAAGAUUGAACACGUUUGGAAAACGCAGCAGGAGCAAAGGCAGAAGCUCAAUCAUGAGUUCUCCCAGCAGUUCCUGACUUUAUUUCAGCAGUGGGAUGUAGAUGUGCAAAAGGCAGAGGAGCAGGAAGAAAAACUAGCAAAUAUGCUUCGUCAGCAACAAAAAGUUUUUCAACAGGCAAGAAUAGUUCAAAGUCAGAGACUGAAAACCAUUAAGCAACUCUAUGAGCAAUUCCUAAAGAGCAUGGAAGAGCUGGAGAAGAGCAAUGAAAAUCUUCUGGCCGGUGCCCAAAACGAACUUCGCAAGGAAAUGGCGAUGUUGCAGAAGAAGAUUAUGAUGGACACUCAACAGCAGGAGAUGGCAACUGUUCGCAAGUCUCUUCAGUCCAUGUUAUUCUGAUGGCUCAGUGGAGGAGCAACUUGUACCUAAGUAACACGAUACAAGUACAGGCAUUAGAAGGAUGUUGAGAUUUAAAUGUUUCAGGGUUCCUAUUAAACUCUUUCCUGGAUUGUUCUAAUCUUGUCUGUUCAUGUUGUAAGAACAUAUCUUAGAAAACUUUUAUUUAUUACUGAGGGGCAGUAUGGACCCCAAAUCGUUCACUGUCUGUUCAAUUGAGUUUUAAAAAUUUCAUAUCCAUUUCCAAGAGUAUUGGAAUGUUUAAAUUGUUUCACUUUUUAAUACCAAAUUGUAACAAGGGGAAGAAUUAAUGAAACAUGCAUUACCCAGA